GCCAGGGCGAUCGUGUGCAGAGCCAAGUAAACGUCUACGACCUUCUGCACGCGUCAGCCGUGGUACAGGGGCCAGUACCGAAGGCCUUUAACUUGGCGGCCACGAGAGCUGUGGCAGCUCUUUGGGAGGCAGGAGUUCGGGUGCUCUCCUUGCUCGAGGUCCUCGUCUUCACGUACGUCUGGCUCCUAAACAUCACCGAAGAUGAACCAGGCAUGCUAGAGCUAGGGGCUACGGGGUGGACCCUACCAAGGCCUUCCCACGGAGUAGUGCCUGUCGGGACCACCGCUGAGAGCGUGGACGCAGUCAGCACUGGUGAGGCCGAAAAGCACUUGCGGGAAGUGCUGGUGGUUGCGCGCGGGGCCAGGAACGGAAAGGGUGCAUGCUUGCCGGAUUGGUUUGGUGCGGGGGAUUUCGUGGACGGUGACACUUCAACCCUCUAUGCUACCCAGGUGGACGGGUUCCAUGCAUACGCGGCGGUGAGCGCAAUAAUGAUCAGAUGAUUUAGCAGCCGGAGGUUGAGUACACCAACCUGUUGCCUUCUCUUACCAUUGCAUCGGUACCUCCACCUUUCUGAGAGCACUUGGGGUAAGGAAUUCGGCGUUUGGUUUUCGGUUUGCCCUUUGUGAUGCAAUCAUUGACUUUGCCCACGGGUGGACGAGCACUGUUAGCGGUUUCAAAAACAAAGGCUGUAUCCAUCCCUCCACAAGAUUCAUCUCUCGCUAGCCCUCUAGAGUCUACCCUUCAGAAUCGCUUGCCUGGGAUUCCCUGCACGUCGGGCCGUUGGUGUGUCUCAUGAUGGUUUCUUGAGGGCUCGUAUUGCCCGUUUCGUUGAAGGGCGAUCGAUGUCGGGCAUCCCCAGGCUUACAUGACAUGGGUCGAGGCGUGUUGGGUUGCGUGGUUCGGUUUACAGUUGAGAACCUUCACAGCAUGAAUCAUGAGCACCUCUGUAUCCAUCCAUUCGCUAACGCUUGACGCUCUUGCCGUGGUCGUGCAACUUCCAGAGAGUGCCAUUCGCUGCGGCAUCGGGUGUGGAGACGGUGUGCACUCUAUCAUGGCCCUUCAGAUUGCACUGGCGGUGGACGUCCCCCCUCAUGAGAGCGCGAAGAACUUCAAGGUGGCCGGGUACGAUUGCGUCUGGCAUGACACCACCUUCGACGACAAGUCGUCCGAGCACGCCAAAUAUAAGAUGUGGCAGUCGGGGAUGUUUGUGGGCCCAGACGGACCUCACGAGAAGAACCACAGCAAGGAGUGCCAGCGGCAGUACAGUGGUUUCANCCGGGAACGAGUGCUUCUGGCAUGACACCACCUUCGACGACAAGUCGUCCGAGCACGCCAAAUAUAAGAUGUGGCAGUCGGGGAUGUUUGUGGGUCCAGACGGACCUAACGAGAAGAACCGCAGCAAGGAGUGCCAGCGGCAGUACAGUGGUUUUUCGACGUGUGAUGAGCUUGCCGGGAUCAACCUGAACCCGCACGAACAGGACCAUUCGAAGAAGGCGAAGAAGGCGUUGUACCUUCGAUCGCUCAAUACCAUAACAUGUUCCAAAUUCACUUUCGCGCCAAGGGUGAUCAACGAGUGUCAAAACCAGAGGUUCAUCAGAAAAACCCUGAGGACGCUUAUAGCAAGUGUCACGGAACACCCAAAAGAUGGCUUUGCUGGCUGUGAAGCCGCCCUGUGGAGGUGCGGCAGGUGCUUUUGCCGGAAGCCCGUCAUGCGCGUAUUCGACUGCCUUGGGAGGGUGGACAUUGUCAUGCUUGCGACGGUGCUGGGGUCGACCGCUCGAGGGGGAAAACAUGGUAGAGCAUUGUUCACGUUGGGAUUGUGCCCAAGAGUUGGAGGUGGGCGAAAGUCAAGAAAGGUAUCCAACUGAUAGUUCGGCCGGGCAGGCGUU